GAACACAGCCAAAAAGGAGCUUUGGGGAAAACGAAACUAUCACUUGGGCUCUGUUAUCCUGGGAUCCGGACAGUUUCUGCCCUCCUUUGACACCAUGAACCACAGUCCCCAGACCUUCUUCAGCGGCUCCCACACCAGAGGCCCCCCAUCCUAUGAGGUGCUCAAGGAGGAACAUGAGGUGUCCGUCCUGGGGGGCUCCCAGAGUCCAGUGCCAGCGAGGACGACAGUGAUCAACAUCCAGACCGACACCGUCGUGCCCGACCACAUCGUCUGGUCCCUGUUCAACACGCUCUUCCUCAACACCUGCUGCCUGGGCUUUGUGGCCUUCGCCUUCUCCGUGAAGUCUAGGGACCGGAAGAUGGUGGGAGACGUGAUCGGGGCCCAGAGCUAUGCGUCCACCGCCAAGUGCCUGAACAUCUGGGCGGUGGUCCUGGGCAUCCUUUCCAUCCUUGCUGUCAUCAUCACGGCGGUCCUUGUGUUGGUGUUAAAUCACUGAAUUACAGUUACUAGGUUCCUGAUAGCUGCCUAAAGCCUGAGGUGGUCACCCCGUCCCAGCUGCUUAAACGCACACGUGUUUACAAUGGAAUUUAAUAAACCACCUUUGUGACA